GCACAGAUAAUCUAGUUUCACACGGGUUUUAUUAUCUGUUUUGAUUGUAGGCUAUGUGCUGCUGGUGAGAAAAUAAUCUAUAUUUUCUAUUAAGUUGCCUUCUGUAUUUAAUGAUAUCUUUUCAGCCACAUACAGAGGUUGUUUUCAGUUUACAGUCACUGUUAGAGUAUGGAACCUUUGCGGAAAGAGGCGAAGGAUAAUCCAUCGGCUACAGCUAAUCUUCUUUCCAAGAUUUUCUUCUGCUGGCUGAAUCCUUUAUUCCGUAUUGGCUAUAAGCGGAGGCUAGAGGAACAUGACAUGUACAAAGUUCUCCCAGAGGAUGGAUCCGAGAGACUAGGAGAAGAUUUACAGUGGUACUGGGAUCAAGAAGUACACAGGGCUGCUAAGGACCUGCGCACACCCAAACUAACCAAAGUCCUCAUUGCAUGCUAUUGGAGGUCCUAUUCUGUAAUAGGAAUAUUUACUCUCAUUGAGGAAAUUAUCAAAGUGAUUCAGCCAGUACUUCUGGGGAAGCUGAUCCAGUAUUUUGAGAGCUAUGACCCCGACAACAUGGAUGCUCUGUAUGAGGCCUGUGGCUAUGCUGCAGGUGUCUCCCUGUCCACCCUGGGUCUGGCUGCUCUGCACCACCUCUACUUCUACCAUGUGCAGCGAGCCGGCAUGAAGAUCCGGGUGGCCAUGUGUCACAUGAUCUAUCGGAAGGCCCUCUGUCUUAACAGCACAGCGUUGGGAAAAACCACCACUGGACAAAUCGUCAACCUCUUAUCCAACGAUGUCAACAAGUUUGAUGAGGUCACUAUCUUUUUGCACUUCCUCUGGGUGGGUCCUCUACAAGCAGCAGCUGUGAUGGUGUUGUUGUGGUAUGAGGUCGGCCCAUCAUGCCUUGCAGGAAUGGCCGUCCUGGUCUUCCUGAUGCCUAUACAGACUCUGUUCGGGCGCCUGUUCUCCUCCUUCAGGGGCACAACCGCAGCCUUGACAGACAACAGAAUCCGCACAAUGAAUGAAGUGGUCUCUGGGAUCCGAAUCAUCAAGAUGUAUGCAUGGGAGAAGCCUUUUGCAGCUCUGGUAGAUGAAGUCAGAAGGAAGGAGAUCUCCAAGAUCAUGAAGAGCUCUUACCUGAGAGGCCUCAACAUGGCCUCCUUCUUUGUGGCCAGCAAGAUCAUCGUCUUCAUCACCUUCACUGUUUACGUGUUGAUAGGGAACAGGAUCUCUGCCAGCCGGGUGUUUGUGGCUGUUUCUCUGUACGGGGCUGUGAGACUCACCGUCACCCUCUUCUUCCCCAAUGCCAUAGAGAAGGUCUCUGAGGCUCUCAUCAGCAUCCGCAGGAUCAAAAAUUUCCUUAUGUUGGAUGAAGUUCGGACGGAGCAGGAUCUUAGACUCCCUGUGGCAGAGAAGAAGGACUGUAUGGUGGAAAUAAAGGAUUUAAUCUGCUACUGGGACAAGACAAUAGACUCUCCGACGCUGCAGAACCUGUCUUUCACUUUGAGGUCAGAUCAACUCCUGGCUGUCAUUGGACCAGUCGGGGCUGGAAAGUCCUCUCUGCUCAGCACCAUCCUGGGGGAGCUGACCCCGGAUAAGGGCGUGGUCAAGUUCAAAGGUGAACUGACCUACGCAUCCCAGCAGCCCUGGAUUUUCCCAGGGACCAUCAGGAGUAACAUCCUGUUUGGCAAAGAGCUCCACCCUCAGAAGUAUGAGAAGGUCCUCCGAGCCUGUGCUCUCAAGAGAGACAUGGAGAUGCUGCCUGAUGGGGACCUGGAGGUGAUCGGGGACAGAGGGGCCACCCUCAGCGGGGGACAGAAGGCCCGGGUCAGCCUGGCCAGAGCAGUGUACCAGGAUGCUGAUAUCUACCUGCUGGAUGACCCUCUCAGUGCUGUGGAUGCUGAGGUGGGGAAACACCUCUUUGAGCAGUGUAUCUGUGGCCUGUUGAGGAAGAAGCCUCGCAUCCUUGUCACCCAUCAGCUGCAGUACCUGAAGGCUGCAGACCAGAUCCUAGUUCUGAAGGAAGGUCACAUGGUGGCGCGGGGUACGUUCACGGAACUCCAGGGCUCCGGAGUGGACUUCACCACGCUGCUGAAAAACGAUGAGGAGGACGAGGGGAAGGGGGACACAGAGCCUGCCCCAGGCACACUCACCGGCUCCCCACACACCCUAUCCCACAGCUCUAUGCCCUCCCUCUCCUCCUCCAUGCAUUCUGUGAUGGAGGGAGUGGACCAACCAGAGCCAGUGCAACACAUGGUGGAGGAGAGUCGUUCAGAGGGAACCAUCGGUCUCCAUCUUUAUCUGAAGUACUUCAGAGCAGGCGCUAACAUCCUGGUUCUCGUGGCCCUAGUUUUCCUUAACCUGCUGGCACAUAUCACAUAUAUUCUACAGGAUUGGUGGCUUGCUUACUGGGCCUCUGAACAGGAGCAUCUCAAUGUGACGGAGCCCAUCCACAAUGGUAGCAGUGCCACUCAGCAGCUGGACCUUGACCUUUACUUGGGUGUUUACGCAGGUUUAACGGGGGCCACAAUCAUAUUUGGCUUCCUGCGUAGUCUUGUGUUCUUCAACGUGCUGGUGAACUCAGCCCAGACCCUCCACAACCGCAUGUUCACUGCCAUCCUCCGCACCCCUGUCCGCUUCUUUGACAUCAAUCCCAUUGGAAGAAUCCUCAACAGGUUCUCUAAGGACAUCGGUCACCUGGACUCUCUGCUUCCCUGGACCUUUGUGGACUUUAUCCAGGUGUUCCUGCAGAUCCUGGGGGUGAUCAUUGUGGCGGCUGCCGUCAUCCCCUGGAUCCUCAUCCCCAUCGUCCCUCUUCUCAUCGUCUUCCUGUUCCUGCGACGCUACUUCCUGCAGACCUCCAGGGACAUCAAGCGCCUGGAGUCCACCACCCGGAGCCCAGUUUUCUCCCACCUGUCCUCAUCCCUCCAAGGUCUGUGGACCAUCCGUGCCUUUAAAGCCCAGCAGAGGUUCCAGCAGGCAUUUGACGCACAUCAAGACCUCCACUCCGAGGCCUGGUUCCUAUUCCUGACCACAUCCCGAUGGUUCGCAGUGCGUCUGGAUGGCAUCUGCUCCAUAUUUGUCACCAUCACUACCUUUGGCUGCCUGUUCCUCAGGGAUGACUUGAAGGCAGGUGCUGUGGGCCUGGCUCUGUCCUAUGCAGUGACCCUCAUCGGCAUGUUUCAGUGGGGAGUCAGACAGAGUGCAGAGGUGGAGAACAUGAUGACUUCUGUGGAAAGGGUGGUGGAGUACACCGAACUGGAGAGUGAAGCACCCUGGGAGACGGACAAACGCCCUCCACCUGAUUGGCCCAGGCAUGGUUUCAUCACCUUCGACCAGGUCAACUUCUCCUACUAUGCGGACAGUCCUGUGGUCCUGAAGAACAUGACUGCGGUCUUCAGAUCCAGAGAAAAGGUUGGCAUCGUGGGGCGGACUGGCGCUGGUAAAAGCUCCCUGAUCUGUGCUCUGUUCCGCCUGGCUGAACCUAAUGGCAGGAUUUCCAUCGAUGGCAUUCUCACCUCUGAGAUCGGCCUGCAUACCCUGCGCCAGAGAAUGUCCAUCAUCCCCCAGGACCCGGUCCUCUUCACGGGCACCAUGAGGAAGAAUCUGGACCCUUUCAGCCAGCACACAGACGAGGACCUGUGGAAUGCACUGGGAGAGGUGCAGCUGAGGACUGUGGUGGAGGAGCUGCCUGGGAGGCUGGAGACGGUGCUGGCUGAGUCGGGCUCCAACUUCAGUGUGGGUCAGAGGCAGCUGGUCUGUCUGGCCAGGGCCAUCCUCAGACGGAACAACAUCCUCAUCAUUGACGAGGCCACCGCUAACGUGGACCCCAGAACCGACGGCCUCAUCCAGCAGACCAUCCGGGAGAAGUUCAGGGAGUGUACUGUGCUCACCAUCGCCCACAGACUCAACACCAUCAUCGACUGUGACCGGAUCCUGGUUCUAGAUGCUGGGAGGAUCCAGGAGUAUGAUGAGCCCUAUGUUCUGCUUCAGAACCAGGAAGGAGCGUUCUACCAGAUGGUCCAGCAGACAGGCAAGGCAGAGGCAGCCUCCCUCCUCCAUGCAGCCAAACAGAUUCAUAUGAACAAAAGCCAUCCCAAUGUGACUAACGGACUGACGGACCUGAGCCUGUCCGAGGGGAGCUGUGUCAUCUUUGAGACGGCCCUGUGACAGACCGGACACCAUUGUCUGACCUUUGACUCCUGUAAUGUGGCCCUCUGUGCUGGCCACACCAUGAGGAUGCCUCACACGCUGUACCAGAGGUGACCAAAUAUUAUCCAGCUCUUGAAUUCACAAUGCCUUCUUCAAGACAUCGUUUGUGGCCAGGGCUGCCGGCAAACGUGGUGAGCAGGCAUUUGCCUCCGCACUUUUCAAUUAGAUGGGCCAGUGCCCCACCAGUUUUGAUUUGGUUUAAUAAAAUAAAAAAAGGCAAAAGCAGUGAAAACAGUGACAAAGCAGGCAUACUGUUUUUUUUAGACUCACUUGCCUUGCCUCAUAAUUCGUCAAUGUAUGCACUAUGUCCUUCUCGUGUGUGUUGACCAGUCAGAUUCAUGAAAAUCACAGGUCAGGCAUGGCGCACGCCAAUAGACUCCACAUUCCUCUGAUAUUAUUUUAGCAAAUGGGGAAAGAACUCACUCCCGACAGACUCAAGCAAUUCGAUCCGACAUGCUGUAUCAGUCUGGUAAACUGCAGGCCUAGCCUCUGCGCGCUGUCCCAUCUGGCCAGGGGAAACUAGCUGUAACGUUGUGUUCAUAGCCUAAGCCAAUUUAUUUGUGUUAAGAGGAAAUGUGAAUGUGAUAAAAUUGUGUUUAUAUUCAAACUUCAGUUAGCUAGGCUACCUAGGCCUUUUUUAAUCCAAAAUGUAUCAAAUCAACAAAUAGUGAUGACAUAGGCUAGACUUUGUUAAUGCACCUGUAACUUUUUAAUUACAGAUGUACAGUGUAUAGGCCUACACAGGGAUGGAACUUUUUUUGGGGUCACUGGCCAUUCCAAUCCCUGGGCCUACAUGAUGCAACCAUAGACAUUAAAGGGGAUGCAACCCUGCGUAAAGCAAGCUCAGUCCUGUAAGUUAUUUUGUCUAAUCACAGUUGUGUCCUGUUAGUCUAGUUUUAAAAUAUAAUUAAUAUGAACAAGUACAAGGUUGCUGCAGUUUGACAGGGUUUUCAUUCUCCCUAUAGGGCCAGGAGUUUUUCCAGGAGUUUAAUACUAUGUGACUUGAUUAGAAAAACUCUGUCCUCAUCAUAGCCCAUAUAAAUCAGUUUUGAAACUGAUUAAUCACUAUGUCAUACCCUACACAGAGAUUUACUAUAAGGUCUGAAAGGUACUUUCUCAUCGGCCAAGUCAGCAGUAUUUUUUUGGUUGCCCGAAGAUUAUGGUCACUUGCCUGAAAAUUGGUAGAUAGUUAUUUACAAGCAGAAAUGCCAUGAGGUGUUGGUCUCUUAAUUAAACAACAGGGAGGAAGCAGAAAAAUCUGUAACUGGCCUGCUACAUUGGAUGCGUAUCUCAAACUUUUACAGAGCGCAAGACACUCCUAUUCAUUUCAACAACCUGGGCGCUCAUAUUUAAUUUCAACAACAUUUCUAAUGGAAGGAAAGCGGUGAGGAGCAGAGUGGGCAGGGGAAUGUUGGGCGACAGGAGCAUGGGUGAGGGGCGCUGAACAGGGCGGGACUAAAGUUGGGCAAAUCUUAUCACACCGCGAGUAACCAUUCAAAGGUCAUAGCCAAUCCAGUAGGUGUUGGAAGCUAACAAUGGCUGUUGAUACGUAGCACUACCUAACAUGCAUGCUAGCUUGUUAGCACCCACAUGAGGGCAAAGCUAGCAUGGCUAGGCUAGGCUAGCGUGGCACCGCUAUAUAUUUAGUGUAUCUUGGCCGGAGCAAUAGGGUAAAGUGACUCGCUCUGCUAGCCCUGACCAAAAGUUAUGCUCCCAGUGUAGCAGAUAAAAAACAAUCUGCUUCUUUUGCGAUGCCCCGACUGGAAUUCUUUGCAGUUUGGUUGUUUUCAGUUCAAAAUCCCUUGCCUAAUGGAACAGCGACAGAGCAGGCUCAACUUUCUCGGCUGCCAUAAAUGCCAUAAAUUGUCUGUCUUUCACUUAAACAAUGGGGAUGAACCAGAAAGAUUCGUUUUAGGCUAAGCCUACUGGAAUUCCUUACAGUUUUGUUUUCAGUAAAACAAAAUCAACUGGGGCAACUUUAGAGCAGGCUCAACUUGCCCGACUUCUCAGUUCACUUGCCCCAGGCAAUAGGGCAACCCUUAAGGUCCCUGCUACAACUAGGUUCUGUAGUUUUACCUGGUUACCAUCAUGAGUAAAAAAAAUGUCCCCACCUCUCUGGGACAUGUGGUGCCACCUCUGUGUGUCACAUGUGAUCAGCAUACAUAGGCUAUGGGUCCAUAACUGCCCAGGAGAAGUUGUUUGAAGCAAUGUGUGCCUUUAUUGAAACAAAUGACUGGUUGUGUUGUAUUGAUUUAUGUUCUGCGAUAUUUGUUUUGUAUGUGUGUUGCAUGGCCCCUGGGGUAGGAUUAUUCAUAAUCCUGCAUUUAGGUGCUUGUAAAGAUUUAGGGGUGUGGAGUGUUUUUUUUAAUGGUACAAUAAAAAAGUAGCUUAUACUGGUUGGAUACACAUUUUGGGUUAUUCAGAGUAAAACCUACCUAUCUGUACAGUGGGUUUGACCAGUGAUUCUGAAUGGUUUUAAGUCAAAUUUGAUUUUGUACUUGUGUACCAGAGAGGAUGCACCUGUCUAAUUGUUUUCAAUAAUCAUUGUGCCUUGAUCAGAAUAUUGAUCCUUUGUAAUUGCACUGUAUUCAUUGAUUGUCUUAUAAGACCAGAUUUGGUCUUCUUGUUCUCUGAGUAGAAUGACUAUUGCUACCUCUUUUUUGGAAUAAAGCUAUGAAUGGAAAGCAGGUCAGAAGUAGAUGGAUUAUGUGUUAGCAUGUAUACUAGAUGACCACUCAAAGAGCCUAUGAAAUGAUGCGAAAGGCAUGAAUGUUUUUGAAGAAAGAAAUAGUGUGUACUAUCAAAAGGUUUUUCUCCACUCUGAUCAUCUGAGCUAAAUAUGCUGCUUAUGUUAUAUGUAUGCUGUUAUGGAACUUUAACCAUUGAUCCACUGUUUCAGUUUGUGGGACUACUACCAUCAGAUGAUUGACUCUUAAGCUUUAUCAAUAAGCUAUGCAAAAAAUCAAGACACAAUAUGACCAUUAAAGAUGCAAUGUGAAUGUAAU